AUGAAAAGUGGUAGAGUGUUUUUCCUGCUGCUGUGCUGUAUGUACGAAGUUUGGCUAGCGCACAAAUUUGUUAAUGGAAAAUACAUAUCGUCAAAAGGAAAUAAAUUAAAGAUGGAGAAAAUUUUCAAAAGGGGUUCUCAUUCACCAUUCCUUAUUGACAAGACCCAAGAAGGGUUCAUCAAACACUCUGUGUUUCAAAAUAGGAAUAAAAAAAAUAUUCCCAACACAUUAUUACACUUUACUGAUGGGACAAAUAUUACCACGCUUUGUAAGAUAUCCAUUUUACUUAACAAAGAACAAAAUGGAUUAACUCCGUUUUCUAUUUUGCUUUAUAAACAGGAAAGUACUAAAUCAAAGGAAUUUUUAAAAAAAGACAAUAAUAUAAAUAAAAGAAAUAGAAAAAAAACAUUUUUUAAACUGUGUGCAAAAAUGCCAGUUGUUACUAUUAACAAGAAGUUAUAUCCGAAGGAAUAUAGCACAGAUUAUGAAAAUGUGUUGAGGAAAUUCGAUGUUACAUAUAUCAAUUACAAAACGAGAUUGAGAAGCAAAAAAGAGAUUGACAUAAAAUCAAUUGAUGACUUGUAUGGGCAAAUUUACGACAGAGAUAUAUUGAAAAAGCAAUUUUAUUUUUUCCUAUACCAUGAUGAUAUUAACACAUGUUACAGAGUUUUAAAUGAAAAUAGAAAUGUAUUAACUAGGGAAGAAUCUUUUAAAAUAUUAAAUAGCUUACCUUACAUUUUUGUUAAUCAUUUGAAUUAUGUCUAUCCAACCAAAGAAAAUGUCGACAUAGUUCUAAGCAAAUUGUUAAAAACGUACAUUUUCCAAUAUGCGAAUGAUAAAAACAUUGACUUUUUGAACUUCAAGUAUAAGUACAAUGAGUUAAAUGAAUACUGUCAGCAAUUGGAGCGAGAUUUCCAGAAAGAACAGACACAGGUUCAUGAUAAAGAGGAACUCUCGAAGGAAAAUAUGUUAAAUCCAAAUGAGAAAAAUCAAAAGGGCAUUGAUCGAACCGAUGAACGCGCCAUAUAUGACGAUGGAAGUAACACAAACUAUGAGCAGAAAUAUCAGCACAUGUCAUAUGAUUACAGAAUUAUCGAAUCUACAAACAAGUACAAGGAACUAAUGGAAAGAUUUAGAAAGUAUCCAGAGAACAUAAAACUGCAAAAGGUGCAAUUGCUAUACACAAAGAUAUUAAGCAUGAAGGGUAAUAAAAUAUUCGAAGCGUUUAGAAAACAUGAAAGUGUAAAAAAAAACGAGGCGAGAAAAAUUUACAGGAAUGCCAAAUUGUCUAUUGAUGUAAAUAAACUUACUCCAUAUGUAAAUGAACCAAUAAAAUAUGAUAAAGAGGAAAAAAAAAAAAUCAAUGAAUUAUUUCACAAAUAUGUAGAAGAAAAAGAUUUAAUAAAUGCAGCUCUAAUAAUAAGAAAAUAUACAAACUUAAUUGACACAAGGGAUGAAAAAAGCCAAGAAAUUAUGAAAAAAUUUUUACGAUUACAUGAAUAUAUAUACAAAUGUAACAAGUAUAAUGAAAAGGAAUUGGCUCAUUUGAGAAUGAUUUAUUAUUCUACUGUUCAAAAAUCUAGAGUCAUACGGAAAAUUUGUGAAGUAGGUAUGUGGCAACAAGGAGAAAAUGUUACACAUAAAGAAGUUUAUGAAAAACAAUUAAAUAGAUAUCUACAGCAAAGAGAAGCAUUACGUGAUGAAAGAAUGGAACAAAAAAAUAUUGACAUGGAUGAAAUAAGAGAUUUUAGUUCUGCAUAUCCAAUGGAAUGGCUACCUGUCCUUUACAAAGAUUUAUUUGAGCAAAUCGAAAAAGAAAAAACUUUAAAAGAUUCUGAAAAAAAAAAUACCCUCAGUAGGAAAAGAGAUUCUAUUAAAAAACUAUUUUCCACCUCUAUUGCUGAGAAGGGUACUAAUAACGACACGUCUUCUGAUUUUCCACUAAACGAAAAAGGUAACAAUAAAGGAAUUCCACAUGACCUUUUAAAUGUAAAAAAUGAACUUAAAAUUGGUAAGAAUAUUUUAAAUUAUAAAAAAAAAAAAUUAGGAAAAAAUAGACGAAAGAAGGAGGGAGGAAAGGCCUCCAAGAGGAGCCAAGAAGCAAAAUCUUCCAACAGCUCUGAUGACACAAAGGAAGAGGAUGCAUAA